AUGGAGUUGAGCUCCGCGUCCCAACCUUCAGGUGACCCCGCGCGGUGGCGGCAGAGGCAGCGGCGGCUGCAGCGACCAGAGCCCGCAGCAGCUAGGAGCGCCUCCGGGAGGACAGGCGGCGAGCUCGCGGCGGGAGUAGCGAGCUGGGGCCGCCCCGGCUACGCUUCGCCCGGGCAUCGGCGGCGGCGGCGGCGCCCAUGGCUCAGGGUACGGCCAGGGUGCGCGCUGCUCUCCCUGCUCUCCAGCCUGCUACUACUGCUGCUGCUGCGCCUGCUCUGGUGCCCCAUCGACGCGCCCGCCCGCUCCAGGCUUUUGGUGGACGAAAGCGAGGAGGAUCCCCAGGGCACCUCCCCAGCGCUGAGGAUGCUCAGGAGCCCUGCGCCCCCGGUACCGCGCACCACGAACAGCACAUAUCUGGAUGAGAAGUCACUCCAACUGACAGAGAAAUGCAAAAAUCUGCAAUCUGACCUCAAUUCUUUAUCUAACAGAACGAAAAGACAAAAAGAGGAUGAUUACCUUCAGAUCAUCACAGAUAUCCAGAACUGUCCGUGGAAACGACAAGCAGAAGAAUAUGAAAAUUUCAGAGCAAAACUUACUUCCUGUUGUGAUGCUAUUCAAAACUUCGUGGUUUCUCAAAAUAACACUCCUGUUGGAACUAACAUGAGCUACGAGGUGGAAAGUAAAAGAACAAUCCCGAUCGGAGAGAACAUUUUUCAUAUGCUUCCUGCGUCCCAGCCCUUUGUGGAGUAUCCUUAUAAUCAGUGUGCCGUGGUUGGAAAUGGGGGGAUUCUGAAUAACUCUCUCUGCGGAACUGAAAUAGAUAAAUUUGACUUUGUUUUUAGGUGUAACAUCCCUCCAACCAAUGGAAAUGUUAGUAAAGAUGUUGGCAGUAAAACCAAUCUUGUGACUAUAAAUCCCAGUAUAAUAAUGCUAAAAUACCAGAACUUAAAGAAGAAAGCAGAAUUUCUGCAGGAUAUUGCAACCUACGGAGACGCGUUCCUUCUUCUGCCAGCCUUUUCCUACAGGGCAAACACUGGCCCCUCCUUAAAAGUGUACCACACACUCAGAGAGUCUAAAGCAAGACAGAAGGUUCUCUUUUUCCAUCCCAAGUACCUGAAACAGCUUGGCCUUUUCUGGAGAACUAAAGGUGUGGAUGCAUACCGCUUGUCUACCGGCUUGAUGAUCGCAAGUGUCGCAGUGGAAAUGUGUGAAAAUGUGAAGCUGUAUGGGUUUUGGCCCUUCUCUAAGACUGUGGAGAACACACCUGUCAGCCAUCACUACUAUGACAAUAAGUUGCCUAAGCGCGGUUUCCAUAAGAUGCCCAAAGAAUAUAGCCAGUUCCUCCACCUUCACAUGAAAGGCAUCAUCAAACUACAAUUUGGCAAAUGUGAAACAUAGCUUAAACAAAGUUUCUUAAAAUGAGAAUAAUUCUUGUGUAAU